AUGCGGUUCGCCAGGAGGAGGGACGUCCGGGAGCAGAUUGACGGCCUUCAGGCCAUCAUCCACUUGCAAGGUUAUUAAUCUUAUUAUUAUUAAUAUUAAUAAUAUUAAUAUAUUACUAUUAUUAUUAUUAUUAUUAUUAUUAUUAUUAUCAUGGGCAUCGCAGGGAGAAAUCUAGCUCCUCAGGGUCGAGAAAGCUUCUAUAUAAAUUAUUACAAAUUAUUAUACAUAGAGAAAGCUUAUAUAUAAAUUAUUAAAUUAUUAUACAUUAUUAUACAUAGAGAAAGCUUAUAUAUAAAUUAUUAAAUUAUUAUAAAUUAUUAUACAUAGAGAAAGCUUAUAUAUAAAUUAUUAAAUUAUUAUACAUUAUUAUACGGUCAUUUAAUAUAAGCUUAUAGUAGAAAUGGUAUUAUAAUUAUUAUAAUCAUAAUAUUAUAGUAUAUAUGGAAUAGCAUAUAUAUAGAUUAUUAAUUCAUUAUAAAUUAUUAUCCUGUCAUUUAAUUAUAAGUAUUGGAGAAAGGGGGGACGGCGAUAAUUAUUAUAAUCAUAAUUUUAUAGUAUAUAUAGAAGAGAAUAGAUAGUUAUAAUUUAUUAGAAAUUAUUAUACGGUCAUUUAAUGAUAGGAAUUGGAGAAAGGGGGGACGACGAUAAUUAUUAUAAUCAUAAUUUUAUAAUAUAGUAUAUAUAGAAUAGAAUAUAUAAUUUAUUAUAAAUUAUUAUACGGUCAUUUAAUGAUAGGAAUUGGAGAAAGGAUGAUAAUUAUUAUAAUCAUAAUUUUAUAAUAUAGUAUAUAUAGAAUAGAAUAUAUAGUUAUAAUUUAUUAGAAAUUAUUAUCCUGUCAUUUAAUGAUAGGAAUUGGAGAAAGGAUGAUAAUUAUUAUAUAUCAUAAUUUAUAUAGAUAUAGUAUAUAUUAGAAUAGAAUAUAUAGUUAUAAUAUAUUAUUAUAAAUUAUUAUACUAUCAUUUAAUGAUAGGAAUAUAGAGAAAGGUAGGAUGACGAUAUAUAAUUAUUAUAAUUAUUAUAUAUAUACAAUAUAUCAUAUAUUAUAAUAGAUAUAAAUAGAAUAUAUUAGAAUAGAAGAUAUAAAUAUAAUAUAUUAGAAUAGAAUAUAUAAUUAUAAUAUAUUAGAAUAGAAGAUAUAAAUAUAAUAUAUUAGAAUAGAAUAUAUAAUUAUAAUAUAUUAGAUAGAAGAUAUAAUUAUAAUAUAUUAUCAUAGAAGAUAGAAUAUAUUAGAAUAGAAUAUAUAAUUAUAAUAUAUUAUCAUAGAAGAUAUAAAUAGAAUAUAUUAGAAAAGAAUAUGUAAUUAUAAUAUAUUAGAAUAGAAUAUAUAAUUAUAAUAUAUUAGAAUAGAAGAUAUAAUUCUAUUCUAUUAGCAUAUUACAUAUAUCUAAUAAUUAUACAUAAAUAUAUAAAUAUAUCAUAUUGAAUUAUAAAUUAUAAAUGGAAUAUAUUAGAAUAGAAGAUAUAAAUAUAAUAUAUUAGAAUAGAAUAUAUAAUUAUAAUAUAUUAUCAUAGAAUAUAUAAUUUUGUUCUAUUCUAUUCUAAUAAUUAUAAAUAAUUAUAAAUAUAAAUUGAAUAAUCAAUUACGAAUUGGAGAACGAGGGGACUACUAGGACGAUAAUAAUACCAAUAAUAAUAUAUAUGAUUAUAAUAGAAUAGAAUAUAAAAUUAUAUUCUAAUAGAAUAGAUAAAUAGAAUAUAUUAGAAAAGAAUAUGUAAUUAUAAUAUAUUUGAAUAGAAUAUAUAAUUAUAUAUUAGAAUAGAAGAUAUAAUUCUAUUCUAUUCUAUUCUAAUAAUUAUACAUAAUUAUAAUUAUCAAUUGAAUUAUAAAUUAUAAAUGGAAUAUAUUAGAAUAGAAGAUAUAAAUAUAAUAUAUUAGAAUAGAAUAUAUAAUUAUAAUAUAUUAUCAUAGAAUAUAUACUUUUGUUCUAUUCUAUUCUCUUAAUUAUACAUAAUUUUUUUUUUCAUUUGAGUUAUUUUUUUUACAUGGGAGAACGAGGGGACUACUAGGACGAUAACAAUACCAAUAAUAAUAUAUAUGAUUAUGAUAUAUUAAAAUAAAAUAUAUAAUUAUAAUAUAUUAUAGUACAAAAUAAGAUUAUAAUAUAGUAUAAUAGCAUAUAUAUAUAUAUAUAUAUAAUAUUAGAAUAGAAUAUAUAAUUAUAAUAUAUUAUAGUACAAUAUACGAUUAUAAUAUAGUAUAAUAGCAUAUAUAUAAAUAUAUAAAUAAUAUUAGAAUAGAAUAUAUAAUUAUAAUAUAUUAUAGUACAAUAUACGAUUAUAAUAUAGUAUAAUAGCAUAUAUAUAUAUAAUAUUAGAAUAGAAUAUAUAAUUAUUAUACAUUAUCAUAGAAUAUAUUACAAUAGAAAAUAUUUUUGUAAUAUAUGAUAAUAGAAGAUCUAAUUAGAAUAUAUCAUAGAAGAUAUAUUAUAACAGAAGCUAUAAUUCUCUUCGAAAAAUGAUCAUUCUAAUUAUAAAUGGAAUUCUAAAUUACGAAUUGGAGAAAGAGGAAACUACUAUGAUAAUAAUAAUAAUAGUAAUAAUAAUAAUAAUAAUAAUAAUAAAAUAAAUAAUAAUAAUAAUAAUAAAAGAAUAAGAAUAAGAAUAAGAAUAUAAUAAUAAUAAUAAUAAUGUAAUAAUAAUAAAAUAAUAAGAAUAAGAAUAUAAUAAUAGUAAUGUAAUAAUAAUAAUAAAAUAAAAUAAUAAUAAUAAAAUAAAAAUAAUAAUAUAAUAAUUAAUAAUAAUAAUACCAAUAAUAAUGAUACCAAUAAUAAUAAAAAUAAAAUAAUAAUAAUAAAAAAAUAAUAAUAAUAAUAUAAGAAGGAGAAGAAGAAGAAGAUAAUAAUAAUAAUCUAAUAAUAAUAAAAUAAUAAUAAUAAAAUAAUAAUGUAAUAAUAAAAAUAAAAUAAUAAUAAUAUAAUUAUUAAUAAUAAUAAUUAUUAAUAAUAAUACCAAUAAUAAUGAUACCAAUAAUGAUAAUAAUAAUAAAAUAAUAAUAAUAAAAUAAAAAUAAUAAAAUAAUAAUAAUAAAAUAAAAAUAAUUAUAAAAUAAUAAGAAUAUAAUAAUAAGAAUAUAAUAAUAAGAAUAUAAGAAUAUAAUAAUAAUAAUAAUAAUAAUAAUAAUAAUAAUAAUAAUAAUCAUAAUAAUAAUACAAUAAUAAUGAUAACAAUAAUGAUAUAAUAAUAAUAAUAAAUAAUAAAAUAAAAAGUAAUAAUAAAAUAAUAAUGAAAUAAAAGUAAUAAUAAAAUAAUAAGAAUAAAAUAAUAUAAUAAUAAUAAUAAUAAUAAUAUAAUAAUACAGUAAUAUUAAUAAAAUAAUAAUACAAAUACUACUACUACUACUAAUAAUAAUAAUUUCAGAGCAGGGGAAGAAAUUGUUCGCCCAAUCGGCGGAGGAGACCGUCGCCAAGAACAGAUAUCUCCUUGGUUACCUCCGCGGAGAUGUCCGUCAAGGGACCCACGAGCUGGACCUGUCCGUCAAGGUACGGGCAGGGCGAGGCGGGGCCUCCCAGAGCCCGCCUCUUCCUUUCGCCCUUCUAGGAAUCGGUCUCUAUGCUUCCUGGAGGACCUUCUAUAUUUCAGGGUCAGGCUGGAUGACCGCCGGGUGUCCCGCCCCCUUGAAGGCUGGGCUGUCCGUCAUUGGUGGGUUUGGGGGGAUGAUUGGCGGGUUGAUUGACAGGAGGAGGGAGGGAGGGGGGAAGGAAUCAAGGAAGGAAGGAAAGAAAGAAGGAAGGAAGGAAGGAAGGAAGGAAUUAAGGAAAGAAGGAAGGAAGGAAGGAAGGAAGGAAGGAAAUAGAAUUAAGGAAGGAAGGAAGGAAGGAAGGAAGGAGAAUUAAGGAAGGAAGGCAGGAAUGAAGGAAGGAAGGAAAGAGAAUUAAGGAAGGAAGGAAGGAAGGAAAUAGAAUUAAGGAAGGAAGGAAGGAAGGAAGGAAGGAGAAUUAAGGAAGGAAGGCAGGAAUGAAGGAAGGAAGGAAAUAGAAUUAAGGAAGGAAGGAAGGAAGGAAGGAGAAUUAAGGAAGGAAGGAAGGAAGGAAGGAAGGAAAUAGAAUUAAGGAAGGAAGGAAGGAAGGAAGGAAGGAAAGAGAAUUAAGGAAGGAAGGAAGGAAGGAAGGAGAAUUAAGGAAGGAAGGCAGGAAGGAAGGAAGGAAGGAAAUAGAAUUAAGGAAGGAAGGAAGGAAGGAAGGGUGAAGGAAGGAAGGAAUGAAUGAAGGAAAGCAAUAAAGAAUGAAGGAUGGAAAGAAGGAAGGAAGGAAGGAAAGAAAGAAAAAGAAAGGAAGGAAGGAAGGAAGGAAGGAAGGAAAGAGAAUUAAGGAAGGAAGGAAGGAAGGAAAUAGAAUUAAGGAAGGAAGGAAGGAAGGAAUAGAAAUAAGGAAGGAAGGAAGGAAGGAAGGAAGGAAGGAAAGAAUUAAGGAAGGAAGGAAGGAAGGAAGGAAGGAAGGAAGGAAGGAAAGAAAGAAGGAAUAAAGGAAGGAAGGAAGGAAGGAAGGAAGGAAAGAAAGAAAAAGAAAGAAAGAACUAAGGAUGAAAAUAGGAAGGGAGGGAGGGAGGAAGGAGGGAGGGAGGAAGGAAGGAAGGAAGGAAGGAAGGAAGGAAGGAAGGAAGGAAGGAAGGAAGGAAUGAAUGAAGGAAAGCAAUAAAGAAUGAAGGAUGGAAAGAAGGAAGGAAGGAAGGAAAGAAAGAAAAAGAAAGGAAGGAAGAACUAAGGAUGAAAAUAGGAAGGAAGGAAGGAAGGAAGGAAGGAGAAUUAAGGAAGGAAGGAAGGAAGGAAAUAGAAUUAAGGAAGGAAGGAAGGAAGGAAGGGUGAAGGAAGGAGGGAAUGAAUGAAGGAAAGCAAUAAAGAAUGAAGGAUGGAAAGAAGGAAGGAAGGAAGGAAAGAAAGAAGGAAUAAAGGAAGGAAGGAAGGAAUUAAGGAAGGAAGGAAGGAAGGAAGGAAUUAAGGAAGGAAGGAAAGAAAGAAAAAGAAAGAAAGAACUAAGGAUGAAAAUAGGAAGGAAGGGAGGGAGGGAGGAAGGAGGGAGGGAGGAAGGAAGGAAGGAAAGAAGGAAGGAAAGAAAGAAGGAAGGAAGGAAGGAAGGAAGGAAUUAAGGAAGGAAGGAAGAAAGGAAGGAAGGAAAGAAAGAAAGAAAGAAAGAAAGAAAGAAAAAGGAAAGGAAGGAAGAAAGGAGAAAGGGAGGAGGGAGGGAGGAAGGAAAGAAGGAAGGAAAGAAGGAAGGAAGGAAAGAAGGAAGGAAGACAGGAAAGAAAGAAGGAGAAAAGGAAUUGAAGGAAGGAAGGAAAGAGAAUUAAGGAAGGAAAGGAAGGAAGGAAGGAAGGAAGGGAAGGAAGGAGGGAGGAAGAAGGAAAGGGAGAAGGAAGGAAGAAGGAAGGAAGGAAGGAGGGAAGAAAGGAAGGAAGGAAGGAAGGAAGGAAGGAAAGAAAGAAAGAAAGAAAGAAAGGAAGGAAGAAGGGAGAAAGGGAAGGAGGGAAGGAAGGAAGGAAGGAAGGAAAGAGAGGGAAGGAGGGAGGGACAGAAGGAAGACAGGAAAGAUAGAAGGAGGAAAGGAAGGAAGGAAGUAAAGACAGAUAGGAGGAGCAAAGGAAAGAAGGAGAAAAGGAAGGAUGGAGAAUUAAGGAAGGAAGGAAGGAAGGAAGGAGAAUUAAGGAAGGAAGGAAGGAAAGCAAUAAGGAAUGAAGGAGGAAACGAAGGAGGGAAGGAUGGAAGGAAGGAGGAAAGUAACGAAGGAAAGAAGGAAGGAAGGAAAGAAAGAAAGAAAGAAAGAAAGAAAGAAAGAGGAAUGGAAGGAAGAAAGGAGAAAGGGAAGGAAGGAAGGAAGGAAGGAAGGAAGGAAGGAAGGAAGAGAGGGAAGGAGUAACGAAGGAAAGAAGGAAGGAAGGAGGGAGGGAGGGAAGGAAGGAAGACAGGAAAGAAAGAAGGAGGAAAGGAAAGGAGGAGGAAAGGAAGGAAGGAAGGAAGGAAGGCAGGAAUGAAGGAAGGAAGGAAGGAAGGGUGAAGGAAGGAGGGAAUGAAUGAAGGAAAGCAUGAAGGAAGAAGGAAGGAAGGAAGGAAGGAAGGGAGAAAGGGUGAAGGAAGGAGGGAAUGAAUGAAGGAAAGCAAUAAAGGAUUGAAGGAAGGAGGAAGCAGAAGGAGGGAAGGAAGGAAGGAAGGAAGGAAGGAGGAAAGUAAUGAAGGAAGGAAGGAAGGAAGGAAAGAAAGAAAGAAAGAAAGAAAGAAAGAAAGAAAGAAAGAAAGAGGAAAAGAAGGAAGAAAGGAGAAAGGGAAGGAGGUAGGGAAGGAAGGAAGGAAGGAAAGAGGGAAGGAAGGAAGGAAGACAGGAAAGAAACUAAGGAGGAGGAAAGGAAAGAAGGAGAAAAGGAAUUAAGGAAGGAAGGAAAGAGAAGGAAGGAAGGAAGGAAGGAGGGAAUGAAUGAAGGAAGGAAGGAGGAAGGAAAGAAGGAAAGCAAUGAAGAAAGGAAGGAAGGAGGAAAGGAAAGGAAGGAAGGAAGGAAGGAAGGAAGGAAGGAAAGAAAGAAAGAAAGAAAGAAAGAAAGAGGAAAGGAAGGAAGGAAGGAGAAAGGGAAGGAGGGAGGGAAGGAAGGAAGGAAGGAAGGAAGGAAGGAAGGAAGGAAGGAAGGAAGGAAAGAAGGAGGAAAGGAAGGAAGGAAGACAGGAAGGAAGGAGAAAGGGAAGGAAGGAAGGAAGGAAGGAAGGAAGGAAGGAAGGAAGGAAGGAAGGAAGGAAGGAGGGAAGGAAGGAAGGAAGGAAGGAAGGAAAGAAGGAAGGAAGGAAAGAGAAUUAAGGAAGGAAGGAAGGAAGGGUGAAGGAAGGAGGGAAUGAAUGAAGGAAAGCAAUAAAGAAUGAAGGAAGGAGGAAACGAAGGAGGGAAGGAAGGAAGGAAGGAAGGAAGGAAGAAAGUAACGAAGGAAAGAAAGAAAGAAAGAAAGAAAGAUAGAAAGAGGAAAAGAAGGAAGAAAGGAGAAAGGGAAGGAGGUAGGGAAGGAAGGAAGGAAAGAGAGGGAAGGAAGGAAGGAAGACAAGAAAGAAAGAAAGGAGGAGGAAAGGAAAGAAGGAGAAAAGGAAUUAAGGAAGGAAGGAAGGAAGGAAGGAAGGAAGGAAGGAAGGAAGGAAGGAAGGAAGGAAGGAAAGAUGAAGGAAGGAGGGAAUGAAUGCAGGAAAGCAUGAAGGAAGAAGGAAGGAAGGAGGGAGGGAAGGAAGGAAGGAAGGAAGGAAGGAAGGAAAGAUGAAGGAAGGAGGGAAUGAAUGCAGGAAACAUGAAGGAAGAAGGAAGGAAGGAGGGAGGGAAGGAAGGAAGGAUGACGGAAGGAGGGAAUGAAUGCAGGAAAGCAUGAAGGAAGAAGGAAGGAAGGAGGGAAGGAAGGAAGGAAGGAAGGAAGGAAGGAAGGAGGGAGGGAGCCCCGCUCAUCUAGUCUGACCUUGUCCUUCUCCCCGCAGUAUGACCGCGCCACCAUCGCCCGCGCCUGCCGGGACCGCAAGAGGGAGAAGGUGGCUUUCUCAGAAUACACGGU